GCAAAAAUAGACCAAAUAUGGAGACAAACCAAAUUACAGUCAUUGUAAAAUACCAAGGCUUAGAUUAUUACGGAAAGCACUCACAAAUAGAACUAAACAUUGCGUCGGAUCUUUCGAUUCUUGAUCUGAAAAAGAGGAUUGCUUUCAAGCUAAAAAUCUCUGAAAAGGCUCAAAUAAUUUCGCUGAAAUACAUGAAUCAUAUCGUUCCACUAAAGAAUGACGAGGCUAUACUUAAUCAAUGAGGAAUCAGGAACAGAUCUAUUAUCUAUCUCGAACAAACCGAUGUCCAGCUCCAUGAUGAUGAAAACUCCUCUGACGAUGAAGCUAGCUCUACCUUGAUAUAUUCGAAAGCAGAUACUACUGAGGAUGUUUCUAAAUAAAUUUUCAGGAUUAAGUAACCCCAGAUAUUUUCUUAAGCUAGGAAUAGAGAAAAAGAAGCUUACAUCUGGCAUUGAAGAGGAGACAAAUGAAAUACCAGGAGUUAUCAAUCAAUUAAUCGACACUAUAAAGCUAGAUUGCACUCCAACCAUUUUUAAAGAUGAAUUUGAGCAAGUCAAAAAGCAACUAAGGGACUUAAAUAUCAGACAGGAGAUUACUAUAGACUCUAAAAGCCCUACUGGAUGGACAUGAUUGCACGCAGCCUGACAAUAUCAAAACCUUCCUCUUGUAGAAUACUUGGUAACUGAAAUGAAAUGAGAUCCCAAUAUUUUAUCAGACGAUGGAUGGAGUGCUCUUCAUAUUGCCUCCCAUCUAGGCUUUCAUCAGAUUGUUGAUUUCCUUCUAAAGAAUCCGAAUGUAGACCAUAACUUGGUAGGAAACAUUGAGAGAGGAACUGGCCUUCAUUGAGCAGUAAAUGCUAAUCAUUUUGCAGUGGUCCAAAUCUUCAUUAUGAAUAACGUUGACAUAAAUGUAAAGAAUGCAUAUGACCAAUCUCCAAAGGACAUCUGCAAGGAUGCUAAUAUCCUAUCUCUUUUCGAAAGAGUCGAGAAAUGCCAACAAGAAGGGAAGCAUAACUCAGAGCAACUUUAUUCACCUAGAGAAGAGAUCAAGGAAGACCUUGAGGAGAAUGAAGACUCUGUAGAGCUUGAUAAAAAGAAAAAGUCAACUGAAGUUACACUUAAAUUUGAUAUGAAGAAGGAAGAUGCAACUGAACUUCAAGAGGAAGAAAAAGAAGAAGAAAAUGAGCCAUUUGAAGAUUCCAGGGAAUGUCUUAUCCUUGAAAGUCAGUACAAUAAGGAUUCUAUAUACUCUGAAGAAUACUUAGACAGAGUUAUCUCUAAUCUCGAUGAGUUUAAGAACAACAGGAAAUUUUGUGGGUAUAUUACAAGAGUCGGGAAAUACUAUAUGAGCUCAAAGCAAAGAUAUUUCGAACUAAAUCCUAUUCAUGGUACCUUUAUCAAGUAUAGAAAUGAAGGAGAUUAUCCUCACAAGCCUAGACAAAUCAUUAACUUGCUAGACAUCACUGAGAUAUCGUUGAUCACCGAAGGAUGGUUCAUUAAGAAGGAUUUCACCUACUUCCAAAUUUGUGAUAUAAAAGGAGAGAAACAGUAUUUCUUUUCUAAAAAUCAGAAAUUGGUAACUUUUUGGCUGCAUGAGUUGAAAGCAGCAAAGGCUUUUUAUCAUUGGCUGAAAAAUAUUGCUUUUGUAGGAUCGCAAUGUACUAAGGCAUUCUCAAAUAAAUAUGAUAUUAUCAAUGAUGGUAUUGUCAAUAUCAAGCUUCAAACAAGAGUUCUUGACGAGAAUGGAAGUCUAGAAAGUCAAUACAUUUCAAGUAUGGGCUCGACUGAAAACUCUUCUAAUAAAGAAAAGAUGUCCCCAGUUAGUUCAGGAGCAAGCAUAGAAGAAAGCAAAACUCGUCCUCCUCUUCCGAAGAAGACUAGAGAAAGCUCUAGCCCAGAUUCAAGGACUCCAGCAAAGAAGUUUGAGACAAGCACCCUUGAUGAAGAUAGAGAUAUAGGAUACAAAUCAUUCAAAAUACUUGAUGUUCUUGGCCAAGGAACUUUUGGAAAGGUAUUUAAAGUUGAGAAAAUUGACGAUGGCAAAAUCUACGCAAUGAAAGUACUUAAAAAGUCUGUCUUAGCAAGAAAUAAGCACCUAAAGUAUGCAAUAACUGAGUGAAAUGUACUGAAAAGGGCUGAUCAUCCCUAUAUCAUCAAGCUUCAUUACUCCUUCCAAACCCCAGAUUACCUCUAUAUGAUUUUAGAUUAUUGCCCAAACGGUGACUUGUCUAUUCAUUUGAAUAACAGACAUAUCUUUGAAGAGAAUGAGGCAAGGUUCUUCAUAGCAGAAGUAAUCCUAGCUAUGGAAUACCUUCAUAGCAUGGAUAUUUUAUAUCGAGAUCUCAAACCAGAAAAUAUUCUAGUUUAUGACAACGGCCAUAUAAAAAUGGCGGAUUUUGGCUUAGCUAAAGAAGGAGUAAAUGAUAAAAAGAAAGCCAAAAGUUUUUGAGGAUCCCCUGCUUACCUUGCACCAGAGAUGCUUGGAACUAGAGGAGUUGGAAAAGCAGCUGAUAUUUAUCAGCUGGGAGCUGUCUUGUAUGAAUUACUCAUCGGGCUUCCUCCAUAUUACACCGAGAAUAUUAAGAAAUUAUAUGAGAAUAUUAAAGUGGCAAACCUCCAAAUUCCAAACUAUAUUUCUCCAGAGGCUAAAAGCUUACUGAAGAAGCUUCUACACAAGGACCCAAAGCAGAGGCUUGGUGUAAAGGACAAAGAGGAUAUUAAAAACCAUCACUUCUUCAGGGGUCUAGACUGGGAGAAACUCGAGGAGGGUAAGGUUGAACCUCCACUUACUCUCACACUGGACGACACUGACUCAGAUAUCGAUCCAUUCGAGAAAGAAUAUCUAAACUUUUCACCUGACAAGCAGAUCAAGUUCAAGGACCAAGAUUAUAACGAAAGUAACAAAAAUGUGAAUAGGCUGAAACAGUUUACCUUCAUCAAGAAUGAGGAUCCUGAGGAAUGAUAAAUAUCACUAAGUUUUAGAGUGUGAAUUAAGAGUGUCAACUUAUUA